CCUACUUAAAAUUACCAAACAUACCCUUCUCCCCUCUUUCGUCUCCUUUCCCCCUUUUCUCCCAUAAAAAAACGUUUGCAAAAUUUUCCCAAAAUUUAACCUCUUGAUUUCCCUUCCUAUUAUUUUCUCAAAACCGUACCUAGACUAAUCGAUCCCUGGUGAAUCUAGGGUUUCUGGAUAUGUUCAACAGAGAUCGAGGUGUGAGCGGUUCGAUUGACCGAAAGAGGAUCAAUGAAGCCCUAGAUAAGCAUCUCGAGAGAUCUUCGCCGUCGACGUCGAGAGGCGUUAACGGUAAGGAGAAGGAUCGGCCGUCGACGUCGUCGGCGAAGCAGCCGGAUCAUCGAUCUACUUCUCUCUCUAAAAACGAUGCGGAAGAAUCUGAUACAGAUAGUGAGGAAUCUGAUGUUAGUGGUUCUGACGGCGAGGACACAUCCUGGAUUUCAUGGUUCUGUAACCUAAGAGGAAAUGAGUUCUUUUGUGAGGUAGAUGAUGAUUACAUACAAGAUGAUUUCAACCUUUGUGGCUUAAGCAGCCAAGUUCCAUACUAUGAUUAUGCUCUUGAUCUGAUUUUGGAUGUUGAAUCAUCUCAUGGUGAUAUGUUUACUGAGGAACAAAAUGAGUUGGUUGAAUCUGCAGCAGAGAUGUUGUAUGGUCUGAUUCACGUCAGAUACAUUUUAACUAGUAAAGGGAUGGCUGCGAUGCUAGACAAGUUCAAGAACUAUGACUUUGGAAGAUGCCCAAGAGUUUAUUGCUGUGGCCAGCCCUGUCUUCCCGUAGGACAAUCUGACAUUCCUCGGUCUAGUACUGUGAAAAUCUAUUGUCCCAAGUGUGAAGAUAUAUAUUACCCGAGGUCCAAGUACCAAGGCAAUCUUGAUGGGGCAUACUUCGGCACAACAUUUCCACACCUCUUUCUAAUGACGUAUCCGCACCUCAAACCUCAGAAGCCAUCACAGCGGUAUGUCCCAAGAGUAUUUGGUUUCAAGAUUCACAAGCCAUGAUCCAGAGGUGAGCUUUCAAAGAUCAAAAGUGCAUACUCCAAAAUUUACGUUCAAAUUUUUCUGCAAGAAAAUGCUGGGACAGGACUAACGAGCUGGAGGAGGCACAACGUCUGUCCAUCAGGCUUGCGAAUGAGAGGAACUCAAAUUGAAUCAUUCUUGCCAAGCCAACGUUUUAUUUUAUUGUAGUUGUAACUAAUGAGCUUUAAUUGGGUUUCUAACGGCUGAGAAUUUUCUGAUACAUGGUGCAAUUUAUUUGGUUAAUUUGCCUAUUCAAUGACUUUUUAAGAUAUGAUAUGCUCUCGAAUACUUGCAUGGAAA